AUGGACCCAAACAUUGAAGAAUUUCUACAAGCUCACAACAACUUUUUGCCCAUAAGGUACUCUUACUCAGAUAUCCGGAAGAUCACAAAAAAUUUCAAAUACAAGUUAGGUGAAGGGGGCUAUGGUUCCAUGUACAAAGGAAUACUUAGAAGUGGCAAUGCAGUUGCUGUUAAGAUUUUGAAUAAACCAAAAUCCGACGGCCAAGAUUUUAUAAGCGAAGUGGGGACAAUUGGAAGGAUCCACCAUGUUAAUGUGGUGCAACUUGUUGGUUUUUGUUUCAAUAAUUCCAAACAAGCUCUUGUCUAUGAUUUCAUGCCGAAUGGAUCUUUGGAUAAGCACAUUGUCUAUAAGGAUGGAGAAAAUUCUCUUGAUUAUAAGAAAAUGUAUGAGAUCUCUCUUGGCAUAACUAGAGGCAUAGAGUAUUUACAUCGAGGAUUGUGA